GUUGAAACAUGUUCAACUAGAAACUUCAAGCUCUGGUGGUGAACUUCCGGUUUCUGUCUUUUUAUUCGGUGUUGUCAGAAAACGUGGAUUUUUCUGAUAGUUUUCCUCAAAAUCCAAGAUGACCAUUCGACCAGCAUACAGACCUAAAAUUGUGAAGAAACGCACGAAGCGUUUCAUCCGGCACCAAUCGGAUCGAUAUGCCAAGCUAAAGCAAAAAUGGAGGAAACCCAAGGGUAUCGAUAACCGUGUCCGUCGUCGCUUCAAGGGACAAUUCCUCAUGCCCAACAUUGGUUACGGAUCCAACUCCAAGACACGCCACAUGCUCCCCACGGGCUUCAAGAAGUUCCUCGUGCACAAUGUGCGUGAACUGGAAGUGCUCAUGAUGCAAAAUCGCGUAUACUGUGCUGAGAUCGCCCACGGUGUGUCCUCAAAGAAGCGACGAUCCAUCGUCGAGAGAGCUAAGCAACUCUCAAUUCGCGUUACAAAUCCCAACGGCAGACUUCGAUCGCAGGAGAAUGAAUAAGCUAAUGGUUUUUGUUUUCCUCAUGAAAAAGGAAAAAUGCCAAUAAAUGGUAACAAAAAAUAAAAA